CGGUGAGCGAGCGAGCGCGAGCGCAUGCUCUAUAGAUGUUGACAACCGUGACAUUGUUUACUGUGGACACGUGUACGUUUGUUUUGUUUCUAUUCCGGAGUAUUCUGUCACGUCGCGAGACGUAAGGGAGUAGAGAACGGAAGCAGUGUAUUAAUCAGGGUGAAUUUUAAUCCUCCACGAUGGCAGCGCGUAGCUCUUCUUCCUCUCCCAGGCCCUACCAGCUCAUCGUGUUCGGGGCUUCGGGAUUCACGGGCCGCUUCGUGGUGGAGGAGGUGGCGCGGAGCAGCGCGGAGGUUCCAGGGGGGAAACUGACGUGGGCUAUCGCGGGGAGGAGCAGAGACAAGCUGGAGAAAGUUCUACAGGAGACCGCGGACCAACUCGGAAAGCCAGAGCUGCAGUCAGAGGUGGAGAUCAUUGUGGCUGAUGUGUCAGAACCGGACUCGUUAGCUGCUAUGUGUAAACUGGGACAAGUUAUCCUCACCUGUGUUGGACCAUAUAGGUUUUAUGGCGAGCCAGUGGUAAAGGCGUGUGUGGAGAAUGGAGCUCACUGUGUGGAUAUCAGUGGAGAACCUCAGUUUUUAGAGAGCAUGCAGUUGAAUUAUGACAGUGCGGCGGCGGAUGGAGGUGUGUACAUUGUGGGAAGCUGCGGGUUCGACUCCAUUCCUGCAGAUAUGGGUGUGCUUUACACACGGGAUCAGUUUAAAGGUACUCUGACGGCUGUGGAGAGUUUUCUGACAGCGAGUACAGGACCAGAGGGAGGGUGUAUCCAUGACGGGACGUGGCAGUCGGCGGUGUACGGGAUGGCGGACAGCGAGAAGCUGAAAAGCCUGAGGAAACAAUUAAACCCCAAACCACUGCCUGUGAUCGGGGCCAAGAUUAAACGCAGGAGCGCUCUGUUCUACAGUAAUGAGAUACAGCAGUAUGCGGUUCCCUUCAUGGGUUCUGAUCCGUCUGUGGUGAAGAGAACUCAGCGCUUCCUGUCUGAGGAACAACAAACUCCGGUUCAGUACGGAGCGUAUGCUGGAGUCGGGGGAAUCUCCUCCGUUAUUAAACUGCUCUUUGCCGCCUUCAUCUUCUCUCUAUUCGUCAAGUUCAGCUUCGGCAGAAACCUUCUGAUUAAAUUUCCAGAGUUUUUCUCUUUCGGAUAUUUCUCCAAAAAGGGACCGACUCGGAAACAGAUGGAGGGAUCGUCAUUCUGUUUUGCGUUCUUCGGUGAAGGCUACACUGAAGGUCAGGAUCCCUCUCAGGGGAAACCCAACGCUAAAAUCCGCACACUCGUCCGGGGACCAGAGGCGGGUUAUGUUGCGACCCCGAUCGCCAUGGUGCAGGCGGCUCUCACCAUCCUCAGUGAACCUGACGCUCUGCCCAAAAAAGGUGGUGUGUACACUCCUGGAGCUGUCUUUGCUAAAACCUCCCUGAUCGAGCGGCUGGAUAAACACGGCAUCCAUUUCUCAGUGCUGUGAACAGGAGUGGGGCGGAGCUUCACGCAGCACGUCUUCCGCACUUCCUGUCCUAUACUACUUGCUCUGAUUAGCGCUUAGCAUUAACGCUUACAUGCAGGGUGAAAGUCACAUUUCAUUCUCAAAUUAGUGUAAUUAAACGCCUUCACUGAUGUAGUCAGUUACCUCAUAGUAAAGAGGAGGUUGAUGUGUAACCUAACAAACACACAGUGUAGGUGAGCAAUAUUUAGCCUGGACAUAUCACAGACUUCGCAUUUAUUGACACGUGUCAGAUUUUCUGUUGGGAAUUUAAAUGUUUGUGUGUGUGUAGUUUUUUUCCCACUGUAACUUUUUGCACUAAUGAAUUAAAAGCUACAGAAUGUAAAGAGAUCAUUAAAAACUGAUUUAAUUGCA